AUGGAAGCUGCCAGGACAGGGAACCUGAGCGUCGUUCGCUUUCUGACCGACGCCGGUGCCGACGUAAACUCCGUGGAUUCCCUCGAGAGGACUCCGUUGAUAUGUGCAACCGGGAAAGACCAUAACUUCGCCGUCGUCCAGUUUCUCGUUGAAAGCGGUGCCCACGUCAACGCCGUGGCGCGCAACAGGUCGACUCCACUGUUGGAAGCGGCUGGAAAAGGGGACCUCGACGUCAUCCGAUUUCUUGUUGAGCGUGGCGCCCUCAUCAACAUCGCAGACGCGUCUGGAGAAACGGCACUCAUGCACGCGGCUGAGGCGGGCGGGAUGGACGUUGCUUGUUUCCUCGUUGACAACGGUGCCAGCGUCAACGCUGCCAAUAACUAUCGAUGGACCUCGCUCCUGUGUGCCACAAGGAAUGGGCACACAGACGUCGCUAGAAUGCUAAUUGCGAACGGCGCCGCUGUUGACGCUGCGGCGGUGGACGGACGAACUUCGUUGCUAAUUGCUACGAUGAGAAACGACUUGGAGGCGGUUCAGCUUUUGAUCCAGAAAGGUGCUAAUGUUGACGCCGUGGACGACAGCGGACAGACAUCACUGAUGCAUGCGGAGAUUCAGAAAUGA